CAAAUCACGUGGCUAAAAUAUAUGGAACAUCCUUUUUCUCGGGAAACAAACAAUAAUAAUAAUCCACCACAGGCGCCUACUCCAUUCGUGCUUCUCUAAAAGACUAAAGCCCUCUUUUCUCUCUUCAUCUCCUGUAGGAAUUAGGAUUUUCCCGCACCUUCCGUCUCCUCCAACAAUGGCAGCCGUUGAUCUUACCUCGCCUCUCCUUACUACCUCUCAGAAACAUUCUCAUCAACCAGAGCUCAUCAUCACCAUCCGAGACGACAAUCCAGUUUCUAAUCGAUCCACCCUCCAGAAAUCCAAUAAUCACAUUAACGACCGCCAUUAUGCUCAAAAUUGCGACGCUGCCCACCUCGAUUCUCGCAACCCGUACGAGUUUAUCGGUGCAACAGAGCUUUCCGUGCCUCGGUCAACCACGGUGGACCCAUUUCGAAACUCGACGCCUUUGAUUUCUGGGUUGUACGAGAUGAUAAAGAUUGUGGUUUGUCUGCCUAUCUUUUUGGCUAGGUUGGUCUUGUUUGGGCUUUGUUUGGCAAUAGGGUAUCUGGCGACUAGGUUGGCGCUUGAGGGAUGGAAGGAUAAGCAGGAACCAAUGCCCAAAUGGAGGUGUAGAGUCAUGCUUGUAACUCGGCUUUGUGCUAGAUGUAUUCUGUUCUCAUUUGGUUAUCACUGGAUAAGAAGAAGAGGGAAACCUGCUCCAAGGGAGAUUGCUCCAAUAGUUGUAUCGAAUCAUGUAUCAUAUGUUGAACCUAUCUUCUAUUUUUAUGAACUGUUCCCUACGAUUGUGGCAGCAGAGUCCCAUGAUUCCAUGCCCUUUGUUGGGACCAUUAUCAGAGCGAUGCAGGUGAUAUAUGUUAAUAGGUUUUCACCAUCAUCAAGGAAGCAUGCUGUUAAUGAAAUAAAGAGAAAGGCUUCGUGCAAUAAAUUUCCUCGAGUGUUGUUAUUUCCGGAGGGAACCACAACCAAUGGAAGGGUUAUUAUUUCAUUCCAACUUGGUGCAUUCAUUCCCGGUUAUGCAGUUCAGCCUGUAAUUGUUCGCUACCCCCAUAUACAUUUUGACCAAUCUUGGGGAAAUGUUGCCUUGUUAAAACUAAUGUUUAGAAUGUUCACACAGUUUCACAACUUCAUGGAGAUAGAAUAUCUUCCUGUGAUUUACCCACUUGACAAUAAAAAGGAAAAUGCUGUCCACUUUGCCGAGAGGACCAGUCAUGUAAUAGCGUCUGCUCUCAAUGUUGUGCAAACAUCUCAUUCCUAUGGGGACGUAAUGCUUCUCAUGAAGGCAUAUGAAUUGCGGCUGGAAAAUCCUUCAAGCUAUAUGGUUGAAAUGGCCAGGGUUGAAUCAUUAUUCCAUAUAAGCAGCUUGGAAGCUGUAGACUUCUUGGAUAAAUUUCAAUCCAUGAAUCCAGAUGCCAGAGGUCGUGUUACAUGCCUUGACUUCUUGAGGGUUCUAAGACUCAAGCCUUGCACUCUUUCUGAAGAGAUUUUUGGUUUCAUUGAUGUGGAGAAGACUGGGUCAAUCACAUUUAAGCAGUUCUUGUUUGGAUCAGCUUACAUCAAGACUCGUCCGUUGUUCCGGCCAGCAUGUGAGCUAGCCUUUGCUGAAUGUGAUGCAGGAGGAAACGAUUUCAUCUCGGAGCAAGAAUUGGGAAAUACUAUUAGAUUUGCAAUUCCAGAGUUGAAUGAUGAUGAGGUCCAUGAAAUGUUCAACUUACUCGACUCUGAUAGUGAUGGAAGAGUGAGUAGGACCGAUUUCUUGUCCAGCUUACGAGUGAACCCUCUGCUUAUUGCACUGUUCUCACGUGCCUUGUUGCGAAGGCAGUCACUGGAGGCGUGCCAGGGGAUGGUAGAGGAGAUUGUGUGAUGGAGUGGCACCAUGGUUCGUGUGGGUGAGAUUUCGGAAAAGAUGGUAUAAAAUUAUACUUCCCUAUUAACAUCCCAGAUUGUGAGGUGGUGUUUUUGAUGGAGGGAUGAUGAAGAGGGAAAGGUAUGGUAAUCAAAUUCGUUUGUGCAUGGGGUCAAAAUAUUUUUUGGGGUUUGGCCCUCUGAUGUUUGUAAGACCAAGUUUUUUGAUGUUUAGUUUGAUUGAUCAUAACAGA